AUGUAAAAAUAAAAAUAUAAAGACUCAAAAGGAUCUAAACAUUUAUAUCAAAUUUGGUAAACAGAAAACAAAAUUUUGUGCAAUGGGAAACUAUUUACAGGGUAUAAAAAAGAAAAUUAUGAUAAAUAGCUCUGAAAAUCAUAAAUUAUUAGCAAGUGUUAGUUUUAUAACAAUUCCUUCAAUUCUAUUUUAUAUAUUUAUGUCACCUGUAAAUGAUAUGAAAAUAUUAGGAAUUUGCAAAAACGGGAUAAAAUGGAUAUACAGUUGUAUUUGUGUUAAUAUAAAUUACUAUUUAUGUUUUUCUAUCCUUUACAGUUUUUAUGGAUCCUGGGAUAAUCCCAAAAAUAGUAAGAAUUAUAGUGAUAAAAGAGACCUGAAUAUGAAAUGAAUGAGGAACUGCUAAAUGUACCAUAAAAAUAUUCAAAGAAAGAUUAUAGGUUUAUAAUGGAUUCAAAAAUGUUUACAAUAUAAGCUCACUAAUUUAAAUUAAAGUAUUGUUCAACUUGUAUAUAUAUAUAUAUAUCAUGUAAUUUAGGUGCUAUAUAUAGACCUGCUAGAGCAUCUCAUUGUCCUUCAUGUGAUAAUUGUGUUGUUCGAUUUGAUCAUCAUUGUCCUUGGAUUGGAUAAUGUAUAGGAAGAAGAAACUACAUUUAUUUUUAUUUUUUUAUCAUGUCUGUUUCCUUUAAAUUGAUUUUUGUGUUUGGAGUAUGCCUCUCUUAUAUUGUUGAAGAAUCUAAGAAAAGAUCAGUAAGCAUGGAAACAUCAGAUGCUAUUUCAUUAACAUUAUCUAACAAUCCUGUAAGUAUCAUACUUGUAAUUUAUUCUUUUGGAGUAACUAUUUAGAUUUAAUAUCAUAGUUCUCUUGUUUUGUUGUUGGUUUAUGGAUGUUUCAUACAUAUUUAGUUUUUACUAAUAUGACUACUAAUGAAUAUUUAAAGAAACAUUGGCUUAUUGAUAGUAAAAAUCCAUUUAGAAGGUAUUUAAUUAUUGUAAUUUAUAGAUAAAAUAUUUUAAAAAAUAUUGUUAAUGUACUUACUUGCAUAACUUAACUGAAAUUUUUAGAAUUAAAAUAGUGUAUAUAUGAACCAAAAGAAUAUAUGCAAGUAAGUUAUUAAUUGUUAUAUUAUUAAAGAGUUCUGUUCACACAUAAAACCAUUUAAAUGAAAUUAAUGACUCAGGAAAAUACCGAGAAGAAGAUAAAAUUUAAGUUGAAUUUAGAGGAAAACAAUAGCAAUAAUAAAAUAUACAAAUUAUUGCAGAAAUACAAUCUUGA